GACUCCCGUGUUGGCAGAUCCAAUAAAAGCACCAAGCCGACACUUUUCUCUCUCUUCUCGUCUCUCAUUCUGUCAUUUUCUCUUGACUCCUACACUUCACUCGCCCAUCUUUUCACUUCUUUCUUUGAGUCUUUCCCUUUUUUUCUCGCUCACCAAACACUCUCUCUCUACAAAGAAAGCUGAGCUGGUUGUGGUUAUUGCGGUUUCCUCACACUCUCACUCCACCACUCUCCUCGCUGGUGAGAGAUCACACAUCAUGUUCAUUUUCCUUCCAACUCUUGAUGUCUGAACUCUGAAACCUUCAAAACUCAUCAUUCUUAUUUCACCCCUUUAUGUUACAAACCAUUGCUGUUCAGUUAUUUUUCUCCUUUUCACUUUUUGGAUGAUCCAUUCCAUGCACAACCACAACCUCAAACUUUGUUCAUAGAGGUUCUUCCCUGUUAAAGCUUUUAGCAUUAUGGAUCAAAAAACGUGGCUUUGGAGGAAAAAAUCCUCAGAAAAGACAAUUAUAGCAGCCGACAACACAGAUCUCUCUUCAAAAGAAAAUGAAGAGGUACAGGCACUUGUAGCUGAUAAAGAAGAAUUGGAGAAAGACUUGAAAAGAUUAAAUACCAAACUUAAUUCGGCACUUUCUGAUAGUAAUGCUAAAGAUGAGCUGGUGAAGAAACAAACAAAAUUUGCACAAGAAGCAAUGGCAGGUUUGAAGAAGGCAGACGCUGAAGUGUUGUCCAUGAAGCAAGACCUGGAUGAAGCUUUGCAGCAGCGAUUAGUUUAUGAAGAAAGAGUAGCCCAUUUGGAUGGAGCUCUCAAGGAAUGUAUGCAGCAGUUACGAUUUGUUCGAGAAGAACAAGGGCAAAGGAUUCAUGAUGCGGUGAUGAAGGCUUCAAAAGAAUUUGAAAGAGAGCGCAUAGUUCUGGAGGAACAGUUAUCUGAGACAAGUAAAAGGCUUGCAAAAGCUGAGGUUGAAAAUUCUCAUCUUAAUAAAUCCAUAUUUGCAAGAGAAAAUUUGAUUGAAGAUCUGAAAAGUCAGUUGACUCAAGCUGAGGCAGAUCACAGUGCUCUGAUGAAUAGAUUAGAGUCCACUGAGAAUGACAAUACCUCUCUGAAGUAUGAGGUUCGUGUACUUGAGAAGGAACUUGAGAUCCGAAACGAGGAGAGGGAAUUUAACCGUCGAACAGCUGAUGUUUCUCACAAGCAGCACUUAGAGAGUAUUAAAAAAAUUGCCAAGUUAGAAUCAGAAUGUCAGAGGCUGCGCCUUCUGGUUCGGAAACGGUUACCAGGUCCUGCUGCCCUGGCAAAAAUGAAAAAUGAAGUUGACAUGUUGGGACGGGAUUCAUUUGAAAUCAGGAGGAGCAAAUUGAGCUCAACCAGUUCAGUGGUUGAAUCUUCAGUUGACACUUCUCCUGAGACUCCAAUUAGAAGAAUCAAUACUCUGACUGAGAAGUUAUGUGCUAUGGAAGAAGAAAACAAGACUUUAAAAGAAUCCCUGGAUAGGAAAAUGAAUGAGCUCCAAUUCUCAAGAGUAAUGCUUUCUCGCACAGCUUCCAAACUUUUGCAACUUGAGUCGCAGACUGAGGAAUCAUCUAAAGCUCUCGUAACUGUGGAACAGCCUAGAAGUUACCUCACAUCACAUGAGUUCUCUUUGGCAUCCAUGUCUGAUGCCGGCAGCGAUGACAAGGCUAGCUGUGCGGAAUCCUGGGCUUCUGCAUUGAUUUCAGAAUUGGAGCACUUUAGAAGCGGAAAGGAGAAGGAACCAUUGUCAUGCAAAAGUGUUGGAGCUUCAGACAUAGAUCUUAUGGAUGACUUUGUUGAAAUGGAAAAAUUAGCAGUGGUCUCUGUUGAAAAAGCCACUGAAAUCUCGUCUGCUUCUCUGAAAGCCAUUAGUGAGAUCAAUGGCUUCUCAGGGAUUGAGACAAAGGAAACCACUCCUGAAGUAGAAGGUAAGGAGAUCAUUCCAGUGUCUGAUCACAUUUCGACUGCGACAAAUGAGACCACUUCUGAAGUAGUAGGUAUGGAGAUCAUUCCAGUGUCUGAUCAGAUUUCAGACCUCUCAAAGUCAAAUAAGAAAACCUGUUCCAUUGACAUAUUUACUGGCAAUAUUCCUGGUUGGCUUCAGGAUGUAGUAAAAAUGGUAUUGGAACAAAACCAUGUCACUAACAAAAGCUCUGAUGAUAUACUCGAUGAUAUUAGAGUAGCAUUGAGGUAUGUGAACAAUCCCGAUCUGUGUGACUUUGAUUCAAGCAAAGGCUCUGGUCAUAUUGACACACAGGAUCCUCCCCAGUGUAUUCAUUGCAUCUCAUGUUCAAAAAAUUCUUUGGUGGUAAAUCCAUCUGGUGAUGAAAAUAAUGCAGACAUCUCACCAAUAAAGAGAAUUGAAUCACAAUCUCAGGAAGAUCUGAGUAAAUCAAUUGGAAAGAUAAUUGAGAUUGUUGAAAGAAUCAGCCUGCCUGCUGUGGAUUAUGAUAGUUCAGAUCCCUUGGACAAAGGAGAUGGGGAUAUCAUUUCGUACAAGAAUGUAGGAAUGCCAACAGGCUACAUGGUUCGUGUUUUCCAGUGGAAAACAUCUGAACUCAGUAAUGUUUUACGGAAAUUUCUACAUGUGUGUUAUGAUUUACUGAGUGGCAAGACUGAUUAUGAAAAUUUUGCCAAAGAACUAACAACAGCAUUGGAUUGGAUUAUGAAUCACUGCUUUUCACUUCAGGAUGUUUCUAGCAUGAAGGAUGCCAUCAAGAAACAAUUUGAUUGGGAUGAGACACGGAGUGAAGGUGAAACAGAGAAUGAGAUAAGUCAUUUUGCAGAGGAAGACAAGUUGCAUCUUCUGAGAGGAAGCUUGUCAACUUUACCUCAAGUAACUACUUUGGAUGGUCAUGAUCUUCAGAAUGGAGAGAUAUAUUAUAAGGAGAAAGAAGAACUUACAAAUAAAGAAAAAUUAAUCAGUGCUGAAUCUCAAAAGGAAGUCUUGGAAGGGAAGAUUCAAUCAGCUACUGAUAGGAUUAAAUCCUUAAUGAAUCAACUCCAGGAAUCAGAGAAAAUUAUUGACAGCUUGAGAUUGGAGAUACAGUCCUAUAAAGAAUCAAAUGGAAAACUUGAGAAUGAAAUCAGGAAUCAGCAAGUGAUAAUUUCAAAUCUUGAAGAACAUCAUACAGAAGAAGAAUUAAAGGAGGCUUGUAACAAGGUUUUGGCUUUAGAAGUGGAACUGGAGAAAAAGAACAGCAAUUGUAAAGAAUUAGAGGCCAAAUGUACUGAAUUGCAGGUCCAGCUUGAAAGCAUGUCAAAGGAGUGCUCAAACAAUGAUAUUAAUGAGAAAGAUAAGGCACUGUGUAAUGACUGGGAGAUAACAGCUGCUUCAGAAAAGUUGGCAGAGUGUCAAGAAACCAUCCUUAAUCUUGGGAAGCAGUUGAAAGCGAUGGCUGUGCCAAAGGAUGCUUCCCUUUUUGACAAUGUUGUUGCCACCCAAUUUGACGCAAAUACCAACACUGCCACCACCACCACUCUCACCACCGCCAAUGUGAAUCCAAGUCCUGCCCCUCCAAAAUUUAUGAAAGUGAAAAGUCGAUCUCUACUGGAUCAGAUGCUAGCUGAUGAUACUAAAGCAAAGGUUCCCAAAGCAAGCGACGGCAACGCCAACCCCAUCACCAUUCCUGGCGUAAUAGAGCCCCUGGAAAAGAUUCUAGUUUUGAACCGUGUAAACGAUCAUGAAGACAGAACCACUGAUAAAUCUUUGGCCAUUGUACCUGCUAAGAAACCGGGAAGUGGAAGUUUGUGGAGGAAGUUAUUAAGGAGAAGGAAGAAAAGUGCCAUCUUGAAAAUAUCCGUCUAGUUGAACACAUGAAAUGCUCACACAUAGUAGAUUGUAGUGUUGUUCAGUACAGUACUAAGCCGAAAGAAGCAAAGUAUAUUUCUUUUUGGAUAUGUUUAUUGAAGGGAGUUGAUUCGUGUUUGUGUGUUUUGCUCUUGAAUAUACGCCUGAAAACUAAAUCAAAGUUCUUGUUAUGAAAGGCACUCACCAUUGUAGUUAGGGACAUACACGUUACUCGGGUGUUCAGGAGUGAGAGAUUCCUUGAAAUGACGGUUUCAAGUUUUGUGGCCUUGAACUCAAUUGUGUUUUUGAUUAUUAGUGAAA